AUGGGCAGCCUCGAUAUGACGGAUCACAGCCUCAACAGUACCAACGAUGGGGAGGCGCUGCCUGUUGUACCUCAGGCCCCUACCGUUGGCUUUUCCCCUUAUGAGGGCAGUGCAGUAAGGAUUAGACUCAACAGAGAGCCGCUGCUGCAUGCAGUUCUCUCACUGACUGCAGCAGCACUCGUCGCAUUCCUCCUGCUGCGCUGCUACAAUUUGAUCCGCCGUAGGGCCGUCACCUGCUGCCAAGACGAUGAGCCAGGGGGGGGCCCCUCGGGGGCCCCCAGGAGGCUGGCCGGGGGGGGCGGGCAGGGCUUUGUACCCCCAGUGGAUAUGUGCAGCAGCUCGGAUGAAGAGGAUGAGUGGUAUGAUCCCGUUUCCUCUGCGGAGUCUUCAGAUGCAGAAGGGGAAGAAGAAGAGGUAGGAGAGAGAAGAGGAGAAGAAGGAGGAGGAGGAGGAGAAGGAGAAAAGUCAGAGAGCAAUGACGACGGGUCUUCUCUUCCGUCUACCUCUACCACCUCUUCACACCCAACCAGUGCAGAAGCAACUGGAGGCGACGGUGGAUCGGGGGGAGCGGAGCAGCAGCAGACUGGACCCCAGCCCGGUCUCUAUCCUGUGCCAGUUCCUCCUUCGAGCCCCCCCAGAUCCAUAGGGGUUAUUAGUUUAACUAGUCCCCCCCCACCUGAACGGCCGCCGGGGGCCUCCUCCACCGUAGCUCCGGGGCCUCAGGGCCCUGCGGGGGGCCCCUCAGGGGCUGCUGCCUCUUCUGCUGCUGGGGCUGAAGCUCCUUCUGCUGCCGCUGCUGGUGCUCCUGGUGACCCUGGCGACAGAACACGCCGCGUGCCGUAUGCCUAUACACUGCAGCGGCCCGGAGGUAAUGUAGGGCGUUCAGCAUCGGGGGUAGACGGAGGGACCAUGGGGGUCCUGAGGGAGUGGUACAGAGCGCAUCAGCGUUCAGCUCCCACUUCUGCUCGUUCUGUUACUGGUGUUUCUUCACGCCAAGCAUCUCUCCAGGUGAGGAAUCCAGGGAGAGGAGGCUUCGGCUGGCCGGGAGCUGGCUAUACAGUACAGCACCCUGCGGGGUCCGGAGGCAGCCAGCAAGGGGGCGGAAGGGGGGAUCAAGGAGUACCGGGGCAGCAGAGGCCCCUCGAUGCUCUCCACAGCCCCUACCAGGCCUCAGUGCCAGGCAACACAGGCGGGAGAGGAGGAGGGGCCCCCGGUCGGCCUGUAGGGUACUACGCACCGCAGCCAUCUUCGAGUGCUGCCACUCAGGCAGGGAUCCAACGCACAGAAGGUGGAGGGGAUGCAGCAGCAGCAGUAGGAGCAGCAGGAAGAGCAGCAGCAGCAGCAGCAUCAGGAGCAUCAGGGCCCAUGCCUCAUCAUCCUGUCAGUGGUAUCGCGCGGCCGUUUUACCCGCCGUUCCCCUCGAGCCGAGGGCAAAAGGCGAGCAGCUUGCCGAGGUCACUAGUGUUGCAAGGGCCCGUUGCUGUUGCUGGUGCUGCUGCUGGCGCUGCUGCUGGUGCUUCUGCUUCGCGUCCUGGGGCGGAUGCCGCUCCCAGUCGUGGUGCUGCUGCCUCUGGGCCUGGCGCUGGUACUCGGUAUCGUGGUGCUGCUGCGGGCGACGGUGCUGCUGCUCCUAGGGGUGACGCUGGUGCUGCUGCUCGUGGCCGUGGUGCUGCUGGCGCAGCUGGCUCUGAACCUAGUCCAAGUGCUUCUGUAGCGGCUCCUGCUGCUUCUGGCCGUGGUGCUGCUGCUGCUGGUCCCAGUGGUGCUGCUGCCGCUGCGGGUGGCGCUGGUGCUGCUGCUCCUCCUCCUCCUCCUCCUCGUGUCUCUUCUGCUGUUUCUUAUGCAGGUGGUUUUAGUGUUCCUUCUUCCUAUGGCCGCGGAUCGGCUGCUGUUAGCUCGCGUUUCAUGGAUGCUGGGGGUGCUGGCUCGGGUCCUUCAGCUGCUUCUGUUUCUCGUUCAGCUAGUACUGGUGUUGGUGCUCGUUCUGCUGCUGCUGCAGCUUCAGCUGCAGCUGGUACUGGUUCCCCUCAUCGAACUGCUUCUGCAGCUGCAGCUGCUGCACCUGGUGGAGCUCCUCCUCGUCCUCCUCCUCCUGGUGCUUCUGUUUCUCGCAGUGGCAGCGGCGCUGGUGUCAGUGUUCGUGCGCCGCCCCGGCAUAUGAUGACCUGGUUUAUUGGGGGAGCAGGCGGGCAGCCUCGCGCCCUGGGGGAUCCAUCCUUACCCACACCCCAAAGAACACCAGGGAUACCUCCUCCUGCUGCCGCUGCUGCUGCUGCUGCUCGUGCUGCUGCUCCUGCUAAGGGUCCGCCUAUGGGUGCUGCUGCUGCGUCAAGAACGGACGCACCACCAGAGCGCCCCAGCGGCAUUCCGAGGGCUAUACCUGCAGCAGCGCAGCCUCCUGCUGCAGCUGCUUCCGGCUUCAGCAGAGGCGGCAGCGGCAGAAGCAGCGGCAGAAGCCGCAAUGUACCCGUUGCUCGUGGGCCUGUUCUUACAGUGCAAACGGCGAAAGCUGCAGGCGGAGGAGGCGCCCCAGCGGCAUUCCGAGGGCUAUACCUGCAGCAGCGCAGCCCCCUGCUGCAGCUGCUUCCGGCUUCAGCAGAGGCGGCAGCGGCAGAAGCAGCGGCAGAGGCCGCAAUGUACCCGUUGCUCGUGGGCCUGUUCUUACAGUGCAAACGGCGAAAGCUGCAGGCGGAGGAGCUCCUGGAGGAGGCGGUGGAAACCACCCUGCCGGAUGGAGGCCUGGGGAUGCCGCGUCUACAGCAGCAACACCACCUGCAGCACCUGCAGCAGCAGCACCGGGAGCACCACCACGUCCAGCAGCAGCACCUGGAGCACCACCACGUCCAGCAGCAGCACCUGGAGCACUACCACCAGCAGCACCUGGAGCAGCAGCACGUGCAGCAGCAGCACCUGGAGCAGCAGCACGUGCAGCAGCAGCACCUGGAGCAGCAGCACGUGCAGCAGCAGCACCGGGAGCACCACCACGCCCAGCAGCAGCACCGGGAGCACCACCACGCCCAGCAGCAGUACCUGGAGCAGCACCUCGUCCAGCAGCAGGACCUGGAGCAAUACCACGUGCAGCAGCAGCACCUGGAGCAAUACCACGUGCAGCAGCAGGACCUGGAGCAAUACCACGUGCAGCAGCAGGACCUGGAGCAAUACCACCUGCAGCAGCAGCACCACGUGCACCUGCUGGUGCUGCUUCUCCUGCGUAUGAUGCUCCAGGCCAUUGUUUCAGUGCAACUGGGGCCUCCUAUUGCCCCAAAGCCAAAAGGAAUUGAUUCGUGGUUGCAACGACAGCGAGCUGCUGCUGCUCGGGGUGCAGGUGCUGGUGCUGCUGCUCAAGGACAACAGCAGCCUCCGCAUGGUGCCAGUGGAAAUGAUGGUUUGCCGUCGUAUGCUGAAGUCACCCAGGCGUCUCAUGCUUACCCAAGGGUAUCUUCGCCGGUGCCUCCAGCGAGGCUCAGAGUACCAGAAGACCUUUCAGGAGAUGAAGUCCGAGGUCUAGAUGAGGCAACAAUUCGUGAACUUGAGGGAGAUGUUGAGGACUUGGUUGGGCCGGACGAACCACUGCAUAUUGUUAAACAGAAAUUGCCGAGUCAAACUCUUUUAACUGUGUUUAAGCUAAAACGGCAAAUGGAUGUAACCUCCAGACUUUUUGGGGAGUGGAGGCGGGUGAGGAAACCAGACUACGGCAAGCCGGUGGCAGUUAAGAACGAUGGUCUAGACUGGAGCGAGGAUGAAGUUUGGUUUAGUGAUGAUGAUUAA